ACAGCCAAGUUAGUAGCACCACAGCGUCAGUCAUGACAGACAUUUUAACACUUGUGUUUAGGACUUUCAUGUCGCAGACGGCUGUGACGAAAGACCUCCAGGUCACUGCUCUAGCUCCUCCGACGUGCAGCACGCUGGUGCUCGGAGACCACAGCAUCAGCCGCUCUCUGCUGCUGCUGGCGGCCGUGACAGCCGCCUCCGAGAUGGGGAUAAAAGUGAUGUUCUUCACCCACACACAAAUUCAAAGCCUACCUGUGUCUCUGCAGAAAUGUGUUCCCAACCUGAGCCCAGAGAGUCUAAAGAAAAUCAAGUUUUCCUACCCCCGAACAGUGGAGGAACUGCUGCAGCAGGUUGCCAGCCUUCAUGAGUCCACAAACACAUGUCCCUCCCCUCCCUCACUGAUUAUACUGGACGGGCUGGAGGCCUACCUGCGCGGUCCUGGAGGAGUCAGCCAGAGUGGAUUUCACCCAGGAGAGCAGUCCUGUGCAGCACACCUGUCUGCGCUGCUGUGCGACAGUUCUGCCUUUCUCACACAGCUCCUGAAACAACGCUCCCCGAGCUCAGCCCCCUGUCGUCUCAUCGUCUCUUUCCAGUCGGAAGUGGACACUGUGAAUGCUAGUGGGGAUGCCUUCACCAAAGAUCCCGUCCUUGAUGUUCUUGAUCGCUAUUUUCAGGUACGAUGUACUCUGGACCGAGACAGAAGCUACGAAGCUGCAGCAGCUGGACUCCAGGAGGUGUGGCACAUUUACCUUUCUGGGACAGGCGUCACAGGGGCCUGUAGUACCAAAGAGUGUGAGGACAGGCCAGAUGUAGCCCAAGAGUGGCAGCUGUUAAUUUUCCCUGAUGGUUUAAUGGCGUUUAAAUUGAUUUGACAAUGACUUUAUCAAAUACUUAGGGAGUAACAGAAAGUCAGUUCGGAGUUUUGUUCAGCAAAAUGUUCUUUUUUUCUUUUUUUUUUUUAAUCUCUGCUUGGUUUAAAGGGCCAGGUAGGAUAUAUUGGCAUCUAGUGGUGAGUUAUGAAAUUGCAAUGAGCUGACCAACCUUUCUCUCAUCCCCCCAUAUGGUGGCCAUUAAUAAAAUGUAAAAGGCCCCCUCUAGAGCCAGUGUUUGUUUGUCCAUUCUAGGCUACUGUAGACACAUGGCGGACUCCGUGGAAGACGAUCUACUCCCACCCUGUAGAUAUGAAAGGCUCAUUCAAAGGCAUCAGAUUCUUAUUUUCAGGUGAUUACACACUAAUGAACAACAUCAUUAUGAACAAUACUUUCCAUCUCAGUCCCUAAAUUCCUCUCAGUCUAACACACUGGACCUGUAUCUUUAAGCAGUUAAACAUUUGUAUUGAUGAGGAGACAUGCUACAAUACGAAGUCUUAGUCAGUGUUUCACUUCAUCUAUUAAGUGGAGCAGAUCUGUCUUCCAUGAGCAAAACAAUGGUUUUAGAUGUGCCUCCCCGUUCAUUCAACAGUAAAGUUUUUAGCUUUGCUUUGACCGUCAUGACUCCUCCGGUAUGAUGUUGAAUCAUAAAACCAGUCUAACCUGUUGCCUUAUCACUGCUGCAGCAUGAUGUAAUCUGCCAGAGUGGUUGUAGAUGCACAACAUUUAAGUUUAACUGUUAAAUGACAUAAAGCUUUGUCAAACACCUGAGUAGUAUCAUAAACAUUGCAUAGAGACAUUGAGAAAUUGGACAAUUGAACAUUUUUUAGCAAAAGACUUCUAUAAACUGAGCAAAGUUGACUUGCAAUCCCCCUUAAAAGACAAAAGAAGAAAGGUCAGAAAUCUAUUCUGUAUGUUAAAAAUAAAUGUAUAUUUUGUAUAUUUUA